UCAGGAGCACUCAAACGACGUCGUUAGGUGAAAGCAUAGCUAUAUGACUAGCGGGCUAGCGGCCAUCACCUUCUUUGUCUUCAUCUUGCGCUCUUCUAAUCUGGCACACACUGUAAUAGUGAAUAUAAUGGGUGAUUCUUCAUCAUCAUCAUCAUCAGCCUCACCUCAGUUUGUUACAAAGCAUUGGGAGGGCUUCAAGGAGUUCUGGGGCGAGAGGUUCUCCUUCCUCGACCACUAUUCCAGGUUCAUCAAGCGUGAUAAGCCUCUUCCUUCCUGGUCUGACGCUGAUGUUGAAGCAUUCAUUGCUACUGAUCCAGUUCACGGCCCUGCUCUGAAGACUGCUAGGGAAGCAGCGAAAUUUGCUGUUACAGGAAGUGUUAUUGGAGCAGUAUCAACUGCUGGAGUUGCAUGGAAAUAUUCAAGGAGUUUGCAUGGUUCUGGACUGGCGUUUUUAGCUGGAGGUAUCUUUGGUUGGACAUUUGGACAGGAAAUUGCAAACCACUCACUUCAAUUGUACAGGUUCGACACCUUGGCUGCACAAACCAAGUUCCUGGAAUGGUGGGAAGACAAGAGUGAGCGACGGUCUUAAACAUAGCUGUCUUUUGCAAGCAAUGCAAUAACCAAGUUCCGUUUCUACAAUAAGUCAAACACAAAAUGUAGUGAUAAAAGAUUGCAUGGAAAGUUUCCUAUUUAUGUUGAACUGGGGCCUGAAAGCCCAGAUUGCAUCAACUGGUGCUUUAUGGUUCGGGUUUUAGUUUCAGCUCAGGGAAUUUUCUGAUGCUUUCUCAAAAUGAACUCAUGAAACUGGAACACUUCGUGAACUUCCUUUUAUCAUAAAUUUUUGGCCAA